GACUGCCAAUACGUACAACGUGUCGUUUUAGUUUUGAGUACGCCUUUCGAAAACUAUGAAUGCCAAACCUCCAUAUCCAUACAAAAGGUCAUCUGGUAAACACUGCAGUGUAAGCAGCUGCUACAACAACCAAAGAAGGCGCCAACGACUAUUGAAAACUGAAUGCAACAUUCACAAAACAACCGUUUCGUGCUGUCAAUGUGGAAUAUUCAGUUUACAUCGCUUUCCAAGCGAAAAGAAGAACCCACAUUUACGGUCGAGGUGGAUUGACGCACUGAAAAGGAAGGAUUUCGAACCGACAGUGAAUGCAAGGGUAUGUUCCAUUCACUUUGCCGAUGGAAAGCCAACGUUUGAGAACCCUGUGCCAGAGCUUCACAUGGGGGAGCCCACCAUGGAUGCACCUCCCUCCUGGAAACGGUGGAAACGCUGGGAACAGGAAAUGGUGUCGGAGAGCAAGAGAGCACCACCUCCAUCCUUUACGUGGGCCACGGAUGAUGUAGAACAGCCAUCGGAACAGUGUGAACAGGCAGCGGAAGAAAGAGUACCACCAAAACGCAAGGGUCGUGAAAGCACGCGAAAGCUCAAGGCAGUAUCAGCCCACAUUUCUACACAAGCGACGGUUAGCAGAGAAGGCCUAUCAGAGAAGGAUGAACACAUGCCAGAGCAAGGAUCCUUGCUGGCUGUCAAGGAGCAAUUCAAAUUGGUGGAGUACCCAAAGGCAUUAAUACACCCGCCCCCUGGUUAUGGCCCUAAAACUAGAUUCACUGUAGUCUACAGGGCUACAGACAUGGUAGCGGACCACAACAGGGUUGUUGACAUUGUGCCCGAGGCAAUAAGGGAUGAUAAGAACAAAACGGUUGACGCUUGUGUGCAGGCAGUGCCGUCAGUGUGUGAUGCUGUAACCAUGUAUGAUGACCUCAUCCAACCAGUCACUCUAGAUCACUGCUACUUCAGGAGAGGGGGUGAAGUGCAGACAUGCACGGUGGGUACACAGACUCUGCUGGCACUGUUGCCCAAGUAGCCUGAGGCAAUUCUCGUUCUGUGCACAUCACUGUGUCCAAGCACCAGCACGAAUGUCUGGGAGAUGGUCGUUCAUCUGUGACCAAGAACUUGAGGCAAAGAAAUGAGCAGGAACUUAGCAAGGACUUGAAGGGUGACCCGAGAAUUGAAGCAAGAACUUAAGAACUGAGCAAGCUGAAGGACAUAGGUCCACACGGCAGGAAGAUUAUCACCUGGGUGUCUGAAAGUGAAAGAGCAUGGUGCCAGGUUUUACCACACAGGUAGUCAACUAAGCUGUCUGUAUUACACCUGUGUGCAUUAGCCACAGCCAUUGCAUCAUUCAGUCACCCUAGCAGAUGUCAUUGUGGCUCGAGUAUUCCUGCUCUUACAACGUUCAUCGGUUUGGGAACUUGGGAUUGAUGAUGACAGCAAGUUCACCUUUGGCUUUCUCUCACUUUGCAGCACGGGUUGCUCUCAGCUGUUCUGAACUGUGGGCCAUACUAUGUGACUCAUUUGAUAACAAAGCUGGAGGCGCCUCUGACUGCAGCGGGGACCCAUCGUGUUUAUCUAGAGCAGGACCCACAUGCCUGGUUGGAAUGUUGAUAGGAAACUGAUCAAGAUACUGAAAAUGAUGUCCGUGAAAUGAUCUUCGGGGUACUGUGAUUUUACGCGUAUAAGCCACACCGCAGAUAGGACCCAUUUUUAGGAACGUUUUGAAAAUUUUCUGGCAGAUAAGCCGCACUCGCAGUUAAGUCGCGGGCAAUACGACGCGACUGAUUUGUGUGACAAAGGAGACCGUAGAGAAGGCCAUAAACCCCGUGGUCCAUACAUACUCCGAGCUCGGCAUGGUGUACAACAAAGAAGGUCAGUUUUAGUGUUCUACCAAGAUCGGAUUGUGCCCUUGUUGUGUUUUUCAUGGAUCGACGGGCCAGUGACCUUCCAGAAGACAUGAAUCACUGUCAGCACUUUUGUUAAAGCUGCUUGGGGGAAGGCACCAGGAAGGUCAGUCUACUUGAAUGUCGACGCACCCCUGUUAUGUAUUGUUCCUGCAUUGGCGGGACGGUGCUGUUCCAGAGACGCUGUUGGCCCUUUCGUUAAAACUGGCGUAUGCGGAAAAUACAUACCAGGGAGAAAUAGCCACGAGAUAAGCCGCAGAGAGCUUGUGAGAAGAAUAAAAAAAUCGUGCAUAAGCCGCAGCUAAUACGCGUGGAGUUACGGUAAUCACCAGUGCUACUGGGUAUCAAGAGUUAAUAUACCCUGCCCUGUGAAGAGCUCGUUAUAUCAUGACAUGAUUCCAUUCCACCAGCUCCUCGACACACCUUGGAGAGUAUGACAGCAACAAGCCUAUCAUAGCAAAGACUGUUAAGGCUGUUUUGCCACAAUGUGGGUCCAUCACAACUUUGCAGAUCUGUCCACAGUGACAUUGCUCAGUCGGUCCCUUUUCUCACUUCCUCAAGGGACAUAGAGAACCUUUGUGUGUUCCACGGACAACAUCUAGCUCGGGAAGGGCUGUUUACAGAACCUGGCUUCAGUCCUGGUAUGCCACACUUCUUCACUGGUUUACACAAUGAAAUGUAGAACUCUGCAAGUACACCAUCUAAAGCAGCUUGACUAUGUACAUAGCCAAUGCAUUCAGACUUUCCUGAAGACAUGGUAGAAGCAUGAUGUGUCAGACCGGUCAUUCUUGCCUUUCCACAGGCUACCAGGAUAUAGGCACAGGGCUUUGUCUGGCUUCUUUAGGUGCCUUUCACUGCAGGCAGUCAAUAGACCUUGGUCAAACAACAUGCACUGAGAAAGCUUUGCUAUUGGGGCUUAUAGCAGCAGGAACUAUGGUCUGCAGCUGCAAAAGGUCUUAAAGCACAUUGUUGCUGUAGCCCCAUGUAUCUACAUGUCAAAAGAGGACACACCAAGCACAUAGUCACUAUGGGAAUGAUAAAAGUUAAAGGGCCCUGUGCAAUAAUGAACACGAUAUUAUACUGCAAAAUUCUGGAGUAGUGCAAGUCCUCGCGCCUUGCGGAUAUCAACGCACAACCACCUAGAACACACAAGAUAUGUUACUGCCCUCAUUGGCUCAGACGUCUGCUGACACCUGGUGUAACCACUAAUGCCCGGGCCAAAUCAGAACAGAAGCAAGCUUUGGCUGAACAAGUCAGGCAACUACAAGACAAGACAGCCUGGGUGAACUACAGACAACAACUUUAUUUUAAUGAUAAUGAUUGGGGAGUUUCACCACUAGGGGCAGUACUCUACCCCAUUGCUAACUACAGGCAACAUAUGCAAGAGGCUAUAUGUACUACCUACACUGAAAUCUGGAAGGGCCAGCUGGUUCUCGAGCUCAUUUUAGAAGAACCCCUGUGUAGUGGCAAAAACGAAGACACAGCUGACUGGUACCAGAUCGGAGGACGACGAGCACAUGACAACAGACAAGUGUCUUUUUGCAAGCUGAGCUUCCUGAAGGAAGUUUGGGCUUGUGGUAGGAGAUUCUACUGGGGUCCAUUUCCUGUUGAUAAGCCUUGGAGUGCAGAGCCAUGGUGUAGAGGACCACCACUACUGCUGCUAACCUGCCACCAGUCCCUACCGUUGACAACCUGUUACUUACUACAAGUUUCCUGUAGCCAGGGGGCUAAGCGGAGGCACGGCUGGUCCAGUGGCGAUCAAAAUCUGUCCCGCCAGUCUACGCUAUCCUACAGAUGUAGGAACCAACCCACUUUAUGGUCUGUGGGGGUUUCCUACACCAGGCCAUCAUACCCUGAACUUAUGGUUCAACAGCUUUGCAACCAUGCACUAGCUUCUAGGGGGUAGGUCUCUAUAUGUUCAAGGUGCCAGCCUCAUUGUGGAGUUGCAGUGAGAUGCCGAUCAAGGAAUUGUUCACAGGACAUACUGGAUCACGAGCAAAGAAAGAAGUGCAGUGCUCAACUUAUUGUUUAGUGCCAAGAGGACUUUUGCUUUCCCAUAGAAGGUACAAAAUAAAAAUACUGGUUACAUUAUAUUUCCA